CGCUGACUGCUUCUCCAGAGAUGAAAGCAACAUUGCCGAACCGCCCAUUGACUACGGCAAUGGCUGCAAACACCGCCACGGCCAAGACAGCUGGUUUGCUUGGCUGGUUGUGUUUGCAGGCUGCAUCAUGAGCAUGAUAACCUUGGGCCUGUCGCGCUCUCAUGGCGUCUACCAGGAGCACUACGUGCUCAGGGAGUUUUUUGGCCAGCCCACAGCAUCAGUCUCGUGGAUUGGCUCAGUGCAGAACACUAUGCUGAAUCUCUGCGGCGUGGCCGUCGGCAUUCUCAGUCAAUUGUACGACACGCGGGUUCUGUGCGCCGUUGCAUCGCUUACCAUGGGCCUGGCCUUUAUACUGGCCUCGUUCAGCACUCAGAUAUGGCAGCUGGUGCUCACCCAGGGCAUGAUGUAUGGUGCCGCCGCGUCAUUCCCAUAUAUUCUUGGCGUCACAAUUCCGCUGCAAUGGAUCAAGCGGCGCCGCGGACUGGCUCUGGCCUUUGUUUAUAUGGGCUCGGGAGUGGGCGGCAUGUGGAUAUCUAUUUUCACUCGGUCGUGCAUCGAGUUGCUGGGCCGCCAGUGGACCAACCGCAUCAUUGGCUGCAUCAUCAUGGUGCUCGGCGCUGGCCUGUCGCCGCUGAUCAUUUCUCGGCGUCCCCCAGCACCAAAGGCCUCAAAGUCUCUCGCGUCAGACAGCUGCGGUGUCAAGCCUAGAAAGCUGUUGGAUUUCUCGGUUGUCUUGGAGUGGCAAUUCUUGCUUAUUGCCGCGGCCAGCUUUUUUGCCAUGGCCCCCAACACCAUUCCAUACUUGCUGAUGCCAACCUAUGUGGUCAAUGUGCUCAAGGAGACCAGCAAUCUGGGGUCGCUUCUAGUCACAAUCAUCAAUGUCUCAGGCAUAUUCGGGCGCUUUGCAGCAGGCAUGUUGGCCGACCGCUUUGGGCCAAUCAAUAUCCUACUCAUCUGGGUGCUCCUGGCAGCAUUCAGCCAGCUUGGGCUGUGGCUGCCAUUCAGCUCGGCUCCAGCAAUCAUUGCGUCAGCGUCCCUGUUUGGCGUGACCGGCGCCUCCUUUGUUGGCAUGAUCAUCAAUGCACUGUCGCACGUGUAUGGUGUGAGCCGGAUCACAUAUAUCUCGGGCCUGAUAUACAUGACGUACUCCUUCUCCUCGCUGCUGGUCGCACAGACAGCAAGCAUGAUGCUGGAUACUGUCGGCCACGGCAUUGACUAUACGUGGCCGAUCGUGUACACGGGAAUGCUGCUGAUCGUGGCGUUUGCAAUUAUUCUUGUGCUCCGAAUCAAGCUGUCAAAGAAGCUGUUUUAUCAUAUCUAAUGUAUUUCAGUUACAAAAGCAUACUCAUCAUUUUAGUAAUUAAAGUAACAGACG